GGGGAAUUCUCUCAGCGCUUCAGUAGUGAGAGAUCCGCAGGUGCGGGGAGAGCAGGGCAAGUUUGGAAGAAAGUGUGAGGGGCAAGUGCGGGAGAGACUGCUGCUAUUCUCUAUUGUGGCCAAUACGCACACAGUGUAAGAACCCCAGGCAGCACCCAUUAGUACAGAACGAGAAUGCAGAGCUGUGCCAAGUCAUGGGGAGUCCUGAGCAGGGCGCUGAGGCUGAUGCCCGGCAGGGCGAUGGGGUGCAAGAGAAGCCCUUGGGUUCGCCUGGAGGGGAUGGAAAGAAGCAACAGUAGCCAUGCUGCGGCAGGGGCAGCGCUCACUUCCAGCUCCCCCAGACACUUCGAGCUGCUCCUGCCCCGGCACGAUGACUUCUCCGAGAGGCACAUCGGCCCUGGGGACAAAGAGAAGCGAGAGAUGCUCGACACCCUCGGUCUGCAGGGUAUCGAGGAGUUGAUUGACAAGACUGUUCCUGCUAGCAUUCGCCUGGCAAGGCCUCUAAAGAUGGACGAUCAAGUCUGUGAGAAUGAAAUUCUUGAAUCUCUCCAAAGCAUAGCAAGCAAGAACAAGAUCUGGAGGUCCUACAUAGGCAUGGGCUACUACAAUUGUUCAGUACCACAGGCCAUAUUACGAAACUUAUUGGAAAAUGCUGGCUGGGUUACACAGUAUACCCCAUAUCAACCUGAGGUGUCACAAGGUCGUCUAGAGAGCUUGCUGAAUUACCAGACUAUGGUGUGUGAUGUAACUGGUAUGGAUGUGGCAAAUGCAUCAUUGCUAGAUGAAGGAACAGCUGCAGCCGAGGCCAUGCAGUUAUGCCACAGACACAACAAAAGAAGGAAAUUCUACGUGGACAGUAGAUGUCAUCCUCAGACAAUAGCAGUGGUUCAGACAAGAGCCAAUUAUAUUGGUGUCGUAACUGAGCUGUUGUUGCCUCAUGAAAUGGACUUCAGUGGAAAGGAUGUCAGUGGGGUUUUGUUUCAGUAUCCAGAUACUAAUGGGAACGUGGAAGAUUUCACCCAUCUCGUUGACAGAGCACAUCAAAAUGGAACACUGGCAUGCUGUGCAACAGAUCUCCUAGCACUUUGUAUUAUGAGACCUCCUGGUGAAUUUGGAGUAGACAUUGCCCUGGGAAGUUCACAAAGAUUUGGUGUGCCUCUUUGUUAUGGUGGUCCUCAUGCAGCAUUCUUUGCAGUGAAGGAAAACUUGGUGAGAAUGAUGCCAGGAAGAAUGGUCGGUGUGACCAGAGAUGCUGCAGGGAAAGAAGUUUAUCGCCUUGCACUUCAAACCAGAGAGCAGCACAUUCGCAGGGAUAAAGCCACUAGCAACAUAUGCACUGCACAGGCCCUUCUUGCAAACAUGGCUGCAAUGUUCUGUGUUUAUCAUGGACCUAAUGGCCUAAAGCACAUAGCACGGAGAGUACACAAUGCCGCCAUCAUUCUAGCAGAAGGUCUGACGAGAGCUGGGCAUCAUUUACAAAAUGAAAUGUUUUUUGACACUUUAAAAAUACAUUGUGGUUGUCCAACAAAAGAAGUUCUUGACCGGGCAGCACAACGCCAGAUUAAUCUUAGAGUCUACAGUGAUGGUUCACUUGGGGUGUCACUUGAUGAAACUGUGAAAGAGAAAGACCUGGAUGAUCUUUUAUGGGUGUUUGGCUGUGAAUCAUCAGCGGAACUGGUAGCUGAGAGCAUGGGAGAAGAAACCAAAGGCAUUUUGGGCACGGCCUUCAAAAGAACAAGCAAAUUUCUUACUCAUACUGUGUUUAACAGCUAUCAUUCUGAAACCAACAUCGUCCGCUACAUGAAACGACUAGAAAACAAAGAUAUUUCACUUGUGCACAGUAUGAUUCCUUUGGGAUCCUGCACAAUGAAACUUAAUAGUUCUUCUGAACUUACACCAAUUACUUGGUCAGCUUUUGCCAAUAUACAUCCAUUUGUGCCUCUAGAUCAGGCUCAAGGCUAUCAACAGCUAUUCCAAGAGCUGGAAAAGGAUCUGUGUGAAAUAACAGGAUAUGAUAAUAUAUCCUUCCAGCCAAACAGUGGAGCUCAGGGUGAAUAUGCUGGCCUGGCUGCAAUCAAGGCUUACUUAAAUGCUAAAGGAGAACACCACCGGACAGUUUGUUUAAUUCCUAAAUCUGCACAUGGAACUAACCCAGCAAGUGCUCAAAUGGCAGGGAUGAAAAUUCAGCCAGUGGAAGUUGAUAAAAAUGGAAGCAUUGACCUUGUUCAUCUGAAAGCUAUGGUGGAUAAACACAGAGACCACCUAGCAGCAAUAAUGAUUACAUACCCCUCAACUAAUGGGGUUUUUGAGGAAGAUAUAAGUGACGUGUGUGACCUGAUUCAUAAAAAUGGUGGCCAGGUUUAUUUGGAUGGUGCCAAUAUGAAUGCUCAGGUUGGUUUGUGUCGUCCUGGGGAUUAUGGUUCUGAUGUCUCUCACUUAAACCUGCACAAGACAUUCUGCAUCCCCCAUGGUGGUGGUGGUCCCGGCAUGGGGCCCAUAGGAGUAAAGAAACAUCUUGCCCCUUAUUUGCCUAGCCACCCAGUCAUUGCUCUUCCAAAUGACAAUACUGCCAGUUUGGGAACUAUUAGUGCUGCACCAUGGGGCUCCAGUGCAAUCCUGCCUAUCUCCUGGGCUUACAUAAAGAUGAUGGGUGCAAAAGGACUUAAACAUGCUACAGAAGUUGCCAUACUGAAUGCCAACUAUAUGUCAAAGAGACUAGAAAAGCACUACAAAAUCCUAUUCAAGGGAGCUAGAGGGUUCGUAGCUCAUGAAUUUAUUCUUGAUAUAAGACCCUUCAAGAAGUCUGCAAACAUUGAAGCAGUAGAUGUUGCCAAGCGACUGCAAGACUAUGGAUUUCAUGCACCCACAAUGUCCUGGCCAGUGGCAGGAACUCUAAUGAUUGAGCCAACAGAGUCGGAAGAUAAAGCUGAGCUGGAUCGCUUCUGUGAUGCAAUGAUUGGCAUCAGGCAGGAAAUUGCUGAUAUUGAAGAAGGGAGAAUGGACUCAAGGAUUAACCCCCUAAAAAUGGCUCCACAUACAUUGACUUGCAUAGCAUCUUCCAAUUGGGAUCGUCCUUAUUCUAGAGAAGUGGCUGCAUUUCCCUUGCCUUUUGUCAGACCAGAGAGCAAAUUCUGGCCCACGAUUGCACGAAUUGAUGACAUUUAUGGUGAUCAGCACUUGGUCUGUACUUGUCCGCCAAUGGACGUCUACGAAUCUCCUUUUACAGAACAGAAGAGAGCUUCCUCAUAACCUAGAUUGCUUCCUGCACCCCCUCCCCGCCCCAAAGUCUACAGACCUGCUGUUAACCACACAACAAAAUGGCUUUUACAAUUCUCCUUGGAGGUUUUAUAUACUGUGUAUAUUUAUAUAUAUAUUUUAUCAGACUGUGUAUACUGUUAGUCAAAUUUGUGAAUGUAUUAUACAGAAUGGAAGUAAUUAAACUUUUUAUUAAGGUGCUUCUUUUUCUAUUAUAGUUGCCAUGGAUUGUACAUCUCUAAGAGUGAUAUUUAGAGUUGUGUGUUUGUGAAUUUCCUCUCUAUGUAUACUGAAUGAGUGAAUGGGUUCUGCGCGUGUGACCAUAACCCAAAACAAUUUAAUAAACUAUUUGAUCACA